AUGGAAAAGCUUCUAGAAGACUAUUCUCCCCGGGUUCUUGUUCGCACUAUGGUAUUUCUGAAUAGCAAACAAUUUGGCCUCAAAAGCAGAAUGGGACAUCGAGCCCUACGUUGUCACCUACCUCAAAUCACUUUACACGAGUCACCAGGCGAAACGCCUCAUUUGAAGUAUGUUGAAGACGUGUCGAAAAGCAAACAAGGUGGUCUAAAGCAUCGCAGAGUAAGACGGAAGGAGGUAAUGCAUUAUGCAAAUGCCAUAUUAGAAUGUACAAGAAGUACACGUCACUCUGCCCACCUGAGGGAAACAAACUACCUGCAACCCCGGCGUAAAUACGAAGAAUCCGACAAGAUAUGGUUUACUAAGCAGCAAAUGGGUUACAACUCUAUCCAACUCGUGGUGCCAGAUUUAUUACGAUCUGCCGGAAUCGUUGGAAACUUUACGAACCAUAGUCUACGUGCUACAGCUGCGACCAGUCUUUAUGAGCAUGGUGUUGAUGAGCAACUCAUAAUGGAACGGGCAGGACACCGCUCAGUAGAAGGUUACCAACUUGAACAUUAUUAA